UGGUAUGUCCACAGCUCUCCCAGCCCAAGACCCUGUGCUCCGUAAGCUGGACCCGGGGCCGCGCUACCAGCAUGUGAGCGACGGAGAAGGAAGGCUGCAUCUAGUGGAUCUGUGGCAGAAGGCCGGCGAUGUACGAGAGGCGGCCAGAUACAAUCCUGACUCGCAGAACAUAUACCAUCUGUUUACCAGAUUGAAUCCAACAGUGAGCCAGCCUAUGCUGAUUGGCAAUAGCGGUCUCCUCGGCCUGACGAACUACAACCCUCUAAGACGCACCAUCAUACUUCUCCAUGGUUGGAACAGCGGAACCACUUCGGAUUUCAACACUGUGCUUAUACCAGCAUUCCUGCAAGCCGAGGAUCUGAACGUGAUCAUGGUGGACUGGACGGCUGGCUCCAACACCAUCAACUACGCUGCUGCUGUCACCAAUACCAAGACUGCAGGGGAAGGCAUCGCUCGCUUCAUCGACUGGCUGAACGGUGAGACCGGGGCCUCCGCGACCCACUACCACAUCGUGGGGCACAGCCUCGGGGCCCACAUGGCCGGUAUCAUCGGUCGGAACUUGAACGGGGCUCCGGCUUAUCUGACAGCCUUGGAGCCCGCUCUUCCCGGUUUCAUCACGAAUGAUGACAAGUUCCGAGCCAACGACGGAGCCUACACCGAGGUCAUCCACACCAACGCUGGCAACCUGGGCUACGUCAGCACCCUGGGUCACGUUGACUUCUACCCCAACGGCGGCAUUAAUAUGCCUGGAUGUGACGGCAUGUCCUGCGACCAUGCCAGGUCGUACUACUACCUCGGCGAGUCCCUGACCUCUGGAGGCUUCACGGGCCGCCGGUGCGCCACCUACGUGGGAGCCAUGACCGGCAACUGUCUGCUGUUCGGCAACCUGCAAAUGGGAGGACUCGUGCCGAAGACCGGACAAUCUGGAAUCUUCUGGCUGGAGACCAAUGCUCAACCGCCUUUUUCCAGGGGCUAACUUAUUUACAUUAAUUAAUAAACAUGGCA